UAAGUCUUUAAUACUUUCUGUUUCUGACGUCUGUUUCUUUGUCCUGCAGAUCUUCAUCAGCCACCGAAAAAUUUCCGUCAAUCCUUCUUCCCAGGAACAGAUCUAAAAAAACUCCUUAACCUUCCAAUCCAUAAACGAAAAGCCCCACUGUUACUAAACUUCAUCCCUACAUAUAAAUCCACUUUACUCGACAUCCCAAAAAGGAAGAAAAAGAGUCUUUCUCCACCUUCUGCCACAACUCCUUCCAUUGCUUCCAUAUCACGGGCAGACGAAGGAUCUACUUCUGAUCCAGCCGAUCUGCCAUCUACUUCGGCCCCCUACUUAAUACCAAUUCCAGAACGUAAACGUCGACGAAGACUUGUGAAGACUGCCGAGAUGGUUCGUCCAAGGCCUGUCGCUCAAGAUCUUUUUGCCGACCUUCCAACCGACGCCGAUGCUGUACCAACGCAUGCGAUGCUCCCACCAAAGCCGAAGAGAGUAAAAAAGGCUCAGCCCAAGGCCAAGGCUACUGACGCCGAAGCUAAGGAUGCUUUGCCUAUUUCUCAGCUGGCAGAAAGCAAAAAAUCAACCUCUGCUUCCACCAAGAGGUCUGCUGAGGCCCAACCCUCAGGGUCUACACAAUCAAAAAAGCCGAGGUCAUCGUCUGCGACGACCUCGGCGUCCAAGAAGCCCGACGUUCCAUGGGCCCCUCAACUAACUCUGGAGGAUAGGCCUAUUAUGGCCAGCGAAAGUGCCGACGAUAUCAACGUUGGUGUCGCCGUCAGCACUGCUCUUCUCCUUCCGAAGGAUUUGGUGCGAAAUGCUAAGCUCAGUGAGUAUGAGAAUUACGCUCUCAUGCUCCAACACUCCGUUCAAGCUAUCCAACACGCCCAUUCAUUUUCAAUGCAAUCUUUUGAAAAUCGUCAAAGAUUGGUUGAUAUGAAGAGGGAGGCGUCCUCUCUGAAGAAGGAGAUAAAGUCUCUUGAAUCAAGAAUGAAAAAACUGGAGGAUCAGGCCGAGGCUGCAACUAAAGCCCAAACUUUAGCCGAAGAGAAGGCCGAAUCCGCUGAGGCCGUCAAAAAAGUUGCUGAGGCCGAGAAAAGGGAGGCCGAGGCUAAGAAGGCUCAAGCGGAGAAAGAGCUCCAGCAAGCUCUGGCCACCAAAGAGGCCGAAGUCAAAGAGGCCGACGAAAAGGCCUAUACCCAGGGUAUGGUCGACGUCGCAGAGGAUUAUAAACUUCAAGUCAGGCAGGUUGAAGACGAGUCAGAGCUUGAGGUUGAUGCCAAGGAUGAGGAUGAAGAAAACAAUGAUGAUGAGGCCUUGGUGAGAAAACCCAAGGAUGCUGCUGAAGCUAAGUCCCCUCCUCCUGCUGAGCAAGUGAUGGAUUUAACCUUGGAUGAGGAGGGUGAUGAGGUUGGGGAGGUACCUAAGGAAAUUGCCAUCGGGCUACUAUCAUCCGACCUUCUUUUGGCUGAAAGAAAUCUGGACAAUACGCUGGCUGAGAUUGAUGCUGAGAUUGAGGCAGAAAAAGUUGCCGACGAGGUUCCACCUGAAUCGUCCGAGGUCCCAGUCCCUGCAGUUGCUAAUACUGAAGAGUCUUGA